AUGUCUCUCUAUGUUGUUUUAUUUCUUUAUUCGCCAUUAUAUUUUUCUCCGUUUCCACACAUUUUUUGUUAUUCUUUUUCUUUUGGUUGUUUUCAUAACACUCACACUCCUCCUCCUCGUCCUCCUCCUCCUCCUCUUCUUCUUCUUCUUCUUCUUAUUUAUUUGUCUUCUUCAUCCAUUCAGUUACUCCUUCUUCAUUUUCUUCUUCUUCAUCAGUUACUUCUUCUUCAUUUUCUUCUUCUUCAUCAGUUACUUCUUCUUCAUUUUCUUCUUCUUCAUCAGUUACUCCUUCUUCAUUUUCUUCUUCUUCAUCAGUUAUUUCUUCUUCAUUAUCUUCUUCUUCAUCAGUUACUUCUUCUUCAUUUUCUUCUUCUUCAUCAGUUCUUCAUUUUCUUCUUCAUCGUUAGUUACUUCUUCUUCAUUUUCUUCUUCUUCAUCAGUUACUUCUUCUUCAUUUUCUUCUUCUUCAUCAGUUACUUCUUCUUCAUUUUCUUCUUCUUUAUCAGUUACUUCUUCUUCAUUUUCUUCUUCUUCGUCAGUUACUUCUUCUUCAUUUCUUCUUCAUCAGUUACUUCUUCUUCAUCAGUUACUUCUUCUUCGUCAGUUACUUCUUCUUCAUUUCUUCUUCUUCAUCAGUUACUUCUUCUUCAUUUUCUUCUUCGUCAGUUACUCCUUCUUCAUUUUCUUCUUCUUCAUCAUUUACUUCUUCUUCAUUUUCUUUUCCCGUUACUUCUUAAUUUUCUUCUUUUUCAGUUACUUCUUUAUUUACCUCUUCUUUAUUUAAUUAUUCCUAAUUUUCUCCUCCUUCUUUUACUUCUUCAUUUUCUGCUUCUCUUUCAGUUGCUUCUUUUUUUAUUUUUUUCGCCUUCGUUUUCUUCUUUUUCAUUUACUUAUUUUCUUCAUUUUUCUUUUUCAUUUACGUUUUCUUCAUUUUCUUCUUUAGUUACUUCUUCUCCAUCAGUUAAUUCUUCUUCAUUUUUUGCUUCUUUUUUUAUUUGCUUCUUGGUUUACUUUUUAAUUAUCUUCUUCUUCUUCUUCUUCUUCUUCUUCUUCUUCUUCUUCUUCUUCUUCUUCUUCUAUCUUGACCUUUUAACUCAUAUAUUUUUUAAUUUCUUCUAA